CAGGCAGUCUGUCCACUUGUGCUACCGAGCAGAGGAUGUCAUCCGCGAUUUAGACGGAAGAUUAUCAGUUUGGAUUAAUACGGACUUUUGAGCGUCAAACGCGUUUCAUGGAGAAUACAACACCAGUUAAAGACAUUUCAUGCCUGUCGCCGUGUGAGAUUUGCGUGUUGUUUUACACGUUUUUACAGUCCAGGGUGUACCCGUAGAGCGCCUCUGGAAUCGUGCAAUUUCUCUCCACUUCCCACUCGGGAUAUGCAUGACCCGCUUUGCCUGCGGUUGGAAUAAUGCCCUGUGAUCGCCGUACUGCUCGGGAGUUUACAGCAACAUCAUCUUGACUGCAGUCUGAGGAACAUGGAAUAAUAGAAGAAUGCAUAAAGUCUGGGAAAUAUUUACAAUUCUUCAUGCAAAUUUGAUCAUCUUCUCUGCAGCCCAGCCAGGCUCGCCAAAGCUCCAUGAUGGUUGGUGGGCCUACAAAGACGCUGUUCAAGGCAGCUUUGUUCCAGUGCCAUCCUUUUGGGGUCUGGUGAACUCUGCAUGGAACCUGUGUGCCAUAGGGAAGAGGCAGUCUCCCAUCAACAUCGAGACCAGUCACAUGAUGUUCGAUCCCUUCCUAACACCCCUUCGCCUUAACACCGGCGGGCGAAAGGUACGGGAAGAAGAGAUCGGUGGAACCAUGUACAACACGGGUCGACACGUGUCCUUCCGGCCCGAUAAGUCCCACCUGGUCAACAUCUCUGGCGGGCCGCUGAGCUACAGCUACCGCCUGGAGGAGAUCCGCCUGCACUUCGGCAGCGAGGACAACCAGGGCUCCGAGCACCUGCUCAACGGCCAGGCCUUCCCAGGAGAGGUGCAGCUCAUUCAUUACAACCACGAUUUGUAUUUAAACUACAGCGAGGCUGCCAAGAGCCCAAAUGGAAUAGCAGUCGUGUCCAUGUUCCUGAAGAUAGCUGAUGCUUCAAAUUCAUUCCUAAACCGCAUGCUCGUCAGAGAGACCAUUACGCGAAUAACCUACAAGCACGAUGCGUUCCUCCUGAUGGGUCUGAACCUGAAGGAGCUGUACCCGGAGACAUCUCGCUUCAUCACCUACGAAGGCUCCUUGACCAUCCCCCCGUGCCUUGAGACCGCCACCUGGAUAAUCAUGAACAAGCCGGUGUACAUUACGCGGCUGCAGAUGCAGUCUCUGCGGCUGCUCAGUCAGAACCAGCCGUCUGACAUUUUCCUGAGCAUGAGUGAUAACAUGCGUCCGGCGCAGGCACUCAACCAGCGCUGCAUCCGCACCAACAUCAACUUCACCCAGCGCGGACGCGACUGCCCCAACAACCGCCUGCAGAGGCCACAGUACAGAGUGAAUGAAUGGCUUUUGAAAUAGCUGCACAAACAGCUGAGGACACCAAGUCCACAACCCCCGGACUCCUCUGGGAUGGAGCUGUUGGAGAACAUGCAGCACAGCACAGCAGCUGAUGAAGCCCGCCUGACGAUGCCCAUGCAGCCCUGUGUCCGGAAACAACUCAUCCAGCAGCAGCAGCUCUCUAUCUCUCUCUCACACACACACACACAACACACACAAACUCACACACACGCCAGGAUCCACUUCACGACUUACUUACUUACACUUACGACUUCAAAGAGACUCAUUUUUCUAUUGUAUUUAUGUGUUUAUAUUAUGAUGAGAAUAUGUGUGUACAAAAUCAACUAUGAAAAGAUGACGACGACGACGACUACAAAUGGCGUCGACGAUGAUGAAAGAAGAAGAAAAAAAAACUUUUAAGAAAUGUUUUACAUGUUUUCAGAAAUUAUGUGGCUCUAAAAAAUAUAUAUACGGUAUGUCACUGUCCACAGAGAAUUUGUGUAUGUCAUGGAAUCUCAAUGCCUGGUUAAACUUGGAGAAACUCAAGAUGGAUGUGGGAACUUGCAGCUUGAAGCAGUUGGAUGAUUUUUUUUUGUGGGGGAGGGGGAUUUGAGAAACCAUCUUGGGUCUUUGCCUUCUAUAGAGCACAAUCUUGUUUAACCUAGAUGUUUCUUUUUUCAGUAAGCUUAAAGUUAAAUGUCAAAGUGUGUUGUACAUAUUUACAUUGUCACUGUUAAGUUUUUUGAGAUAUUCAAUACAAUUACAGCUGAAACUCCACUUAAAGCUGAACAGGACCACAGCCUCAUUUUGUAACAUGUGUCAUUGCACGUUAUGUCUGUAAUAUGACGGCCAGCAGAGGGCAGUAUGAGACCACGCUCUUCCUCAUCCACCUGUGUGCCACAAUGCUGCGCCUUCAGAGCCAAGUAUGACUCCCAAGGCCUCAAUUUAUUCAGGCAAUUUUGCAACAGCAGAGUUCUGAUUAGAUUCUGGCCAAGGUGUGAUUGCCAAUAGGAAGCAAAUGUAGUGUUUCUCAGUCUGGUUUGCGAUU